CAGCUUUCCAUGAUGAAAGCGACAAGUUGAGAGGCAGAAUCUUCUACUACACGUGUGUUUUGUUUAAUAUAUUGUGGUGAAUGUUUUAUGAAGAUACGCGGGAUUUCUAACAGCACUCGUCUGGCUAUACUGGAUAUAAGAGAGCAUAAAUAAACACAACCCUACGAAACAUUUAACCGGUUUUCCCAUUGCUGUUGGAGAAGUGGAGCACAAGAGUCCUGUCUUGGUUAGCCAUGGCUGUAUUAUGACUUCUGCAGGAUCAAGAAUAGUGGAGACCCCCGCAGGCCUGAACUAGCCUCCACUCUCUUAAACAUUAUGGCCACAGCCCAACCAUAUUGGGAUCAACACCAUGACCAUGACACCAUGGAUAAGCUGUUUUUUGGAUUUGGUUCGGAGUCCAUGGAUCACAGCUUGAGAACGUAUCAGCAAAACUCUGCAAACGUGGGCUUUGAAAGAAGGACAUCUGGCUCCUGUUCUCCUCCGUGUCUGUCUCCCAAGACUCCAAAUCCUGCACAGCUGCUGUUUUCCUCCCAGUGCCACCCACCUGUAGGAGACCAGGUGGUUCCAUCCUUACAAAAACUGUCUGUUUAUGAGAACAUACCCCCUUGUUCACCCAGGAGAACGACAAAGCCUCUCCCUCCCCUUCCGGACAUAGGCGACCUGUCCUCUGAUGAAGCAGAAGACAACGAGGUGGAGUUUUUCUCCAUCACCUCGGAGAGCCAGUGUCUGGUGCCUAAAACCUCAUCCUUCCAGUACGGCUUGCCAGGGAGGCGCAGUUUUCGGGGAAAUGGUCAGAUAAACUUUGCAUAUCAUGAAGGGCUACAAGAACAUCAGAAUCUUUGUGGAGUGAGGCCUCAGUGGGAGCAGGCGGUAACGCAGAACCAAGACAGACCCCAGCGACGGCUAUAUCGCUCCAAUUCUGGCCCUGCCGGAUCCUUCAAGGCCACCAACUUCAGGCCAACCAGCUUUCACCAUUCUCCCCACAGCCACCCGCAGGAGAAACCCGAAGUCCCACCUCGCGUUCCAAUCCGCACUCGCCACAGCGAGAGCACGGACAGCAGGCGGCCAUCAGUCGAUGACUUUGAUAUGGACAAACCUCCUAAAGUUCCACCCAGGGAGCCCAUCCCUCAGGUCAUACCACGUGCCAUUAGUCCAAAAAGUCUCCCGAUUUACGUCAACGGGGUAAUGCCUCCUACUCAGAGCUUUGCUCCCUAUCCGGAGUAUGUCAGUAAGGCUCAACACAAGCAGAGCUGUGAGGGCUUGCCGGCUCCUCGCAGCCCCUGUAUUCUGCCCAUCAUGGAAGAUGGGAAGAAAGUCAGCAGUACACAUUACUUCCUCCUCCCUCAUCGGCCCGGGUACUUGGACAAGUUUGAAAGGUUUUUUAAAGAGUCAGACUCAUAGUGAUUGAGCAGUUAGAAUCUGAAAUUGUUCCCUUGUUUAAAGUGGAAAUAAGGAUGGCCGGAUAUAAUGGAUAUGUUGUUAGACUGAACUGAUUCUUCAGUGUUAUGAAUUACUAGUCUGUUUAUGGGUUAGACAGUAUGUCCUUGGACUACACACGGAGGAAAAACAAAAAUAAUUGGUUUACCACUGCUGGAAAUUGCAGAGCAACUCUGUUAAGUGUCAUUUAAGUGUAGGGCUGAACGAUUAAUCGAAAUAGCAAAAUUACUUGUCAACAAAAGAGAAGAUUUAAGGACUAAGGACUGCCAUAAAAGCUAGAUGGUUUAAUGUUUGAAAAUUAAGACAACUAUAUGUGCACAGCAAACCUGAAACUAACUUUAAUUGUAUUUUAAAGCUAAAUUUUUAUCAGAAAAUCGUGCUGCCCUAUGUAUUGGUGUCAAUGUUUUUGUUGUUGUUGUACUAUUUCCUUACUGUAUGUUAAAUUAGAGUGUACAGUAUCCUUUUAUGAAGGAAUAGGAUGAACUGUGUAACCUGAGUAUAAGCUGGUCUUAUGAUUUUUUUUUUUUUUUUUUUCUUUUUCUUUUUCUUCCACUCUGUAAUAUGGUUUGGUAAAGGUGAAUGUUGGUUUUCCUAUUAAGACAUUAAGCACGAACAGUAUAAAUUCAGAUAUUGCUGAAAAAUGUCAACUGACUAGUAUUCGCUAUAAGAAUUCCCUGAAUUCCUGAUAAUUAAAAGAGCUGUCAACAUUUAUUGGAUCAUUUUAUAAGCUAAGUCAAGGUCUAUGCCAUGCGUUUGACAGCAGUGAGAAGUGUGGUGAUCAAAACUUCUUGUCUACUAAUAUAGUGACAAAUGGAAAGGACUGGGCACAGGGGUUAGUAUUCUAGUCUUCAUAAGAAGAUUAAUCCAUACUUUUUGUUCUGUCGCUUUUUUUUUCCAUUCAGAUGUGACACAAAUGAAUCCAUUUGAUUUUUAUAUAUAUAUAUAAUUUUUUUUUUUUUUUUCUUCUUCUUAAUAAAAAUGGUACUUGCAGUUUCAUUUUCAUCUGUUACAAGGGUAGAAAUGCCAAUGCCUUGCUGUUUGGUGUCAAAAUGCAGGACACUGGUUGUAAAUGGGUAGUUGGUGAGUGGUAUUUUGCUGUAUUUUUGUACUGUUUACCAUGAAGUUGCUUCAUUGAAGCAUUUACCACAAAGGAAAAUUAUGAAAGGAAGUCAUGGAAGCCCAUGACUGGUCCUGGUCUUGUAUUUCAUGUAUUUCUCACCAAAAGUUGAGCACACUUGUUUUUGGUUAAACUUUUUAAUCUUGACAUUUAUCAGACCAGUAACUGUUUACGUUUCCAGCUACUUAUGUUAUGUCCAUCCAACAAAAUGACUGUUUUCUGUGUGAAGGCUAAUGUUAACUGACUUUGUUUCAUCCGCUGAGGAAACGUGCACUUCUAAAAUGUACAGUAUUGGUGUAGUUUUUCACACCAGACUAUUUAAAUAAAGUAACUUAUUUGUA